AUGCUUACGCUGUGCAGGACAUCAGCAUCCAUCCAAUGCAAUUGCUUGAUUUGCUUGGCCAACCACGCGGCAUCAUGCACAAGCCACGGUCACGGUCGUCAAAGAGUAGUCCGAUGUCAGACUCACCAGGCAAAACCGGUACUUGUGGUUAGCAGUUUCUCUCGCUGCACGAUAUUAUCGGCAACUCUAAUUGAUUCUAUUCUUGUGAUAUGCCUGAACAACGUAGACUACAAUUGCCAAUUGACCUUGGCGCAACAACAUGUCGGAAUCGCCGCAAUCCGAGCAAAGACCAUCAGGCCGCAAAGGCUCUCGCAAAGUCCGCACAGGAUGCAUCACUUGCAAGCAAGUCAAAGUCUACUAUAUACUGACUACGGCACCUAG